AUGACGCGCGGCGACGCCGUCCACACCGCGCGACGCGCGACCACGGACGAGCGCGAGCGCGAGCGCGAGCGCGAGCGCGUCGAUCGUCUUCUCUCGCGUCGUCGAGCGAUGACGCGUCGCGGAAGCGCGAACGAGGCCGCGCGCGCGGACGCGCGAGGGAUGAGACGCGGGCGAAAGGGUGUUGGCUCGAGCGUCGGCAUCGCCGUCGUCGCCGCGAGCGUUCUCCGCGGCGCGACCGCGGCGUACGUGCACAAGGAUCCGGCUUCGGAUAUCGCGUCGGGAUUCGCGCAUCCGGGAUGCAUGCGAACCGGGACCUCCUCGGGGGGAUACGAUCGGUGCCCAGGGAUCGCGAUGCGCGAGACGAGCGGCUACGCCGAUUACCAGAAGGACGUGAUGAACCCGUUCAACCUGCCGAAAUUCGUGAGCGCGCUCGAAUCGUACACGAGCGAGCAUUACGGCUCGAAAAGCGAUUAUCAAGGAUGCAAGAUCCUGGGGGCGGACGAGAACGCUUACCAGGCGUACAGGACGAGGACGAACUCACCGUACUGGUUGGGACCCCUGCAGUUCACGUACACGUGCGGAUGGUUCACGGGAGAGCGCACGACGUACGGUGAAGGAUGGGGUAAUCCCGCGGAUACGAAAUCGUUCGUUAUGGAUCUCCGGUACUCGGCCUUUUUGAUGAUCAACGCACGCGUGCAGCGGGAUCUGCAAAGUUGGCUGUCGACACACGACAUCUCCGAUGCGAAAAUCGCCGACGACACGAAAGACAUGCUGUACGAGUUCUUUCGCCUGUACUAUCGCGCGGGCGAUCGCGGCACGUAUCAGACGCGAUACAGGACUGGCUUAUCGACGACAAGGUCCACGCAGCGAUGGAAGUCCCGUUUCCAGGGACUCGCCUCCGCUCAACACGCGGCGUUACGCGUCGAGGAACAGGCUGCUUUGACCGCAUUUUUGGCAUCACACAACGCGGAAUCGUACGCACCCUCUGGCUGGUCGAUUCAGCGAGUGAUCAGUGAUCUUGCGGGUUAUAACGCGGCUCUCGCAUCGGCGUACAAAAAUCACUACUGGAACACACAGCGAACGCGCGUCGCCUCUUGGGCAAGCAAAAACUCAUACACCAUGCUUGGCAGCGAAGGAGCCGUCGCUUCCGAUGCCGAUAUCACCGCGUUGAACACUGCAGUGAAGAAACGCUUUACGACGGCGAAGCUCGCCGAAUGGAAGAAACACCAAUGCGCGAUCAAUACGUACGUGUGCGAUCUUACUAUCUCGUACGAUGGCGUGGAGGACGACGUUACGCGGUGGAAUGCGGCAGUGAACACCAGUGCCAUCGCUGCGCACAGGCAAAAGGUUAUCGAUGCAAUCGAGACUUGGAAGAACACCAACGGCUAUUCGUUCUUGACAGGUCUGGAUAUCGACUUGGCGAUGGAAGACCUCGAUGAGUUCAACGAGCUCGCUGAGGAGGCAUAUUACGACCAUCACGGCGCAGUUUUUCCUUCAGCAGAAGCUGCUCUUGGUCAGGCUUCGACACAGACGCCGGCAUCGAGUCCGAGCCCGCCGCCGCCGAGCCCACCACCGAGCCCGCCGCCGCCGAGCCCGCCGCCGCCGAGCCCGCCGCCGAGCCCGCCGCCGAGCCCGCCGCCACCGAGCCCGCCGCCGCCGAGCCCGCCGCCACCGAGCCCGCCGCCGCCGAGCCCGCCGCCACCGAGCCCGCCGCCGCCGAGCCCGCCGCCGAGCCCGCCGCCGCCACCGCACUACGCACCGUUUGUGGCGCUCUCGAGUGUGCCUGAAUACUCUGAACACUCUGAUUUCGUUAGGGUUUGGUUCAAUGCGUUUGUCGCUGAUGUGUACACCACUCCAGUAUACGGUCACAGCGAAGACCAUACGGAGAUUCCCAUUCUUCCAGUCCCAACGGUAAGCACAUUCGACGACGUCGCGUCAGAUGAUCUCGACGUCCCGGAUUACAUCACUACUAGUGAAUACAACCGAUUGAGCACCUACGCUGGUCAGUGGCACCUUAGGCUUGGUCGACGAUGUCAGGCAACUUGCGCUGGCUCGCAAACGGAAGUUGAUACUCAAGGCCCCGCCGGUCCACUGUGGAGCUGCGAUUCUGACGACUUGCUCUGUCCUAACGCGGGUAACGCGGGUAAAGAGUUGCAAACAAUCCUUGAAGCCAUCAAGAACAGGGGCCAAGUGCACGCAAGUUGUCCGAGAAAUGAUCCCUGUUAUGUGGUGCCGCCGCCGUGCUAUUAUGUCAGCACCGAUUGCAUCCCACAAGCAGUGCUCGACUACACUCUGAACAACACGUCAACUAGAGAAAAUGAGGAAGGCACUGACUACAAUUAUCUGCACAUACCUCUGGCGAAAGACGACUUGACGCAAGUCAAAUUGGUCAGUGGAAGAUGGCCGCUCGGCAACGGGUUGCAUUGGCCAUAUGGUCGUGGUAUUCCAAUGAAGCCAGUCACAGGACGCGAUGGAAACUCAUACUAUAAGACUUGUACGUACGCGCUCACGCGAUCUGGCUCGUCUGGUGGUCUGGCGUACGGUUUCGCUCUCGCUGAUGCCGAGGACAAUCACGUCUAUGACUCCGGUCAUGUGUAUGGAAAAGAGAUGUGGCAACGAACUUACGGAGAAACAGCUUCUCCCGGACUCACUUCGGCGUGCACAGUACGUCAAGCGGGGGACUGGAAAAAUCGAGUGGUCUAUGACACGCCCCGUCUUGACGCACAAAGUUACGUUUUUGGGAGUUGUGCUACACAGUGUUCCGCGGUUCUAGGGUCAGUUCCACGAGAUCAAAUCGUCGCUCUUUAUAAUCUCAGUACGGGCGUGCUGCGAGAGCGUCUUACCGAGGCGCGUAAGGCGGGAAAAAGCGCCGCUGCGCAAAACUUGGUGACCUCUGAAGUGCUCGAGCAAAGGUUGGUCUCAUCGCUGGGAUCUACCGAGGGUAAAUCGAUGUCGGAACGUUCGACCGGCGUGUACGAGGGUCUUAGCGCAGAGGAGCGAAGAGCUUUCGAGUCUUUGCCCGUGAUUGGCAACACCAACCCUUUCGGAUCCAAUCGACGCGCUUCGCUCGGCGUCGCUGACGGACGCGUCGAAGCGCGAGACGCGAGUCGCCGGCCGCAAAGCGACGGUGUUUCUUUCGCCGUCCCGCACGUCCUCGCCUCCGCGUCCGCCCUCGCUCUCAUCGGUUUGGUCGCACGUUACGAUGCCAUCAGGGACUACGUGCGCGAACGACGCGAGCGCCGCACCGAAGAAGGCGUCGCGGAACGCGCCGCCCUCCUCGUCUGA